UGCACUGACAGACGGGAGUGUGUAAGCGACUUCAGACCGCGAGACGGAGACGUGUUGUCAACCGUGCCCUACUACGACUUCACACAGAGGAAUACAGUGCACAUGCUAUAUGCCGAUGGUUUUAGGAGAGUAGUCACACUCGGCUGCGUAUUCUUAUUUUCCAUCGAAGAGACGAGCGACUGGUUAAUUGAUUGUUCCAUCCAGAACGACGACUGCACCUCCAGGAUAGAGACCCCUGCCCUCGGCUCGCCCGGCUGGUGUUUCCUUCGCGGAGGAAGUCCCGCAAGCCUUCAAGAUGCACAUGAAUAGUUUGCUGAACCAAUGGAGCGAGCUCUCCAGGACGUGCUCGGUGGACGUCGGCGUGGACACGGAGGCGGACUCCUCGUCCUCAGAGGUGGACUCGUCCUCGGAGCCCAGCAGCCCCGCCCCACGGGGCGAGUCCGCGGACUCCUACUGCCAGGCCGACCGCUGGCACGUGCUCCGCGCCACCGUCCGCAAACUGGAAUUCUGGGAAAACUUCAGCGCGGAGCGCAUCGGAAGCGGCUUCUCCUCCAAGGUCUACAAGGUGACGCACUGCACGACGCGGAAGGCGAUGGUGGUGAAGAUCUACAAGAAGGACGUGGACCAGAGCAGCAUCGUGCGAGAGAUCGGCCUGCUCCAGAAGCUCUCGCACCCCAACAUCGUCAGGUAUCUUGGAAUCUGCGUGAAGGAUGAAAAGCUGUACCCAAUCCUAGAGUACAUGAACGGCGGCUGCCUGGAGGAACUCCUCUCCAGGAAGGACGUGUCCCUGAGCUGGAGAGAGAAGGUGGACCUGGCCUGUGACAUCGCCCGCGGCAUGAUCUACCUGCACUACAAGAACAUCUACCACAGGGACCUCAACUCUAAGAACUGCCUGAUCAGGGUGUCGGCGAGGGGGCGGGAGGCCCUGGUGGCGGAUUUCGGGCUGGCACGAGAGGUGGCCGACCUGCCCGCCAACGACCCGCAGAGAAAGCUCUCCCUCGUCGGCUCCGCCUUCUGGAUGGCCCCCGAAAUGCUGAGGGGGGAACCGUACGACCGCAAGGUGGACGUGUUCUCCUUUGGGAUUGUGCUGUGCGAGAUCCUGGGCCAAAUCCCGGCCGACCCCGAAAUACUGCCCCGAACCCAGGAUUAUGGGCUGGACGUGGCUGCGUUCGAGGAGAUGGUGACGGGGUGCCCACAGCGGGUGAUCGAGCUCGCAGCCAGCUGCUGUAUGAUGGAGUCCUUUCGGAGGCCUUCCUUCUCGGAGCUGUUGGACGAGCUGGAGGAUAUCGCAGAGACCCUGGAGCUCCCAGAUUUGGAGUUGAGGUCAGGGUGACCCCCCCCCCCCCCCCAAGUUAACCCUCCCAGAGAAAAGGACUGUGGGCAUUGUAAAUAACCGGGAGUUGGGGCACCGUCCUGUCGUCAUGGCAAUCCACACUUCAUGAUAUCGUACAGAGACACGCUAGAGGACUCCACGCCCGGUUCAGUGGAGGGCGAGGUGUGAGUGUGUGGAUAUAAGGGCUUGUAUAUUUGAUUGUGUGGGCACGUGUGCAUGUGCCUCUGCAUACAGCAUACACCCCACAUUAGCCGACAACCACUGUUCUCCGACGCUGUUUGAUAAAACAGUGUCGUCUGUAACCAGGCUGAAAGCGACAGGCCAUCAUCUUUCCCUCAUCUCUCCCCGUCUUUGUUUUUAGCACCGCUAACGGUUAGCUUAGCAUUUAGCUCCUCCGUCGGCCAGCCUCAUCGGUGCGCCUCGGAGUCCAGUUGGGACAGAACCAGACGGGCCCCCCCCCCAGGGCUUUCAUUCUGAGGUGAUGCUCAGGGGGUGGGAGUGUAGCACAGUGGGUAAGGAACUGGACUUGUAACCGAAAGGUCAUAGGUUCGAUUCCCGGGUAGGACGCU